AUGGCUUCUCACGAAACCUAUGUCGAAUAUGUCGAAAUAACAGAAGAACAAAUGGCAGAAGAACUACGACAAUAUCAACAAAAUAUGCCCAAUGUAUCAUACCAACCAGCAGUUUAUUAUGAAGAAAUCGAAGUUCAACAAAACUCCUCGUCAUUUCUAUUUCAAUGUUCAAUUUGUCCAAAAGCCUACACAACAAUGAAAAGACUUCGUCAUCACGAACAAUUUCAUGAAAAUCGAGAAGCUUUCAAGUGCGAAUUCUGCUGUUAUUGCUAUCAAAGUCCUGAUACUCUUCAACGUCACAUCAAACGAUCUGAAGAUUGUAAAAAAUACUACGAUUCCAUCAAAAAAUAA